AUGGAAUCCCGAACCUUUCCCACCACGAAGCUGCUCCUGCUGGGGCUGAGCCUCCUCCUGUGCCUCGGAGCCGCCGAGGCUCUCCGGUGCCACCUGUGCAAGUACAAGAUCCCCUUGGUGGGCUGCCUGCGGGGCGCCAACGUGACGAGCUGCGAGCGCCGGGAGAAGUGUGCGCUCAUCAAAACCUCCCUGGGUAAGAUGACCCUUUACUACCAGCAGGGCUGCACCUCGGCCCUGAACUGCGGCCGGGAGCGGGCGUCGGACGCCGAGUCCCGGCUGAGCUCCCGCUACUCCUGCUGCGAGACCGACCUGUGCAACGAGGAGUGGGGCGAGGAGCGCCGGGACUGACCCGCCCUGGGGCGGGACCGCGGUUCGGGGGCGCCUCGAGCUGAUCUGACCCGGGGCUGCAAUCGCCAGGGGCAAAAAUGAGGGCUCGUUCACCACACAAUUCCCUCCAGAACGCUAUUUGCGAAAGAAAAUCACAAAAAUGCCCUUUUUGUCUGCAUUUUUAAUGACUGCU